AUGGACUCGGUCGCCGACUCAGACGCCGAGAAUUCGCUUCCCAUGUUGCUGGCAACAGCCAUAGAUACAGGCCUGCUACGGCGGGUCUUUGGCUUUUUGUCAGAGGAAACAAAGCACAGAUUGAGAAGUGAAGCUGAUGGCACUCCUUUUGAAGGUGUCUACGACACGUACGAUAUCCCGCUGCUGCCCGAAAGAAUUGUCAUACAAAGCUCCUCGCCUAUGAAGGAGCAGCUGUUGAUGGAAAUCAACCCAUUGGAACCAGUCCAGGAGGUGAAUGAACCAGAGACUCCAGUGAGAGCUGGAAGGUCCCUACGAAAACGAACUUUUGCCAGUCGCCACCCGUACAUUGCCGACCAGGCAGACUACUUGGGCAUUUGCACCGUCGACAGCAUCAACGAAAUGUUCUCAGAUAACGACGAUUUGACGGUGGUGGCUCGAGCACUCAACCAGUUGUAUCUCAAACGCAAGAAGCGGUAUCCUGAUGAGGAAAGGUACAAGGCCCGCAACUUUUACGCACAUUUGGGCAAGUCCAAGGCUAUGGCGUUGGCAGGCGAUCCCGAUGCCGAGACGAUGGAUCUCCAAGACGACCCUCUGUCUCUGCAGCUCAACUACGAACCAGAUAAUGCAUCCGACGAAGAAGACCAGGAGAUGAUUCCUUACGAAGGCGUCGAGCAUAGGCCUCCGCCGAAAGUUUAUGAUCUGGCUAGCGACAGCGAAAACGACAUCGGUGGGUCCUUUAAACGAAGCCUAGACGAGCCAAGGGAGAGGGUCUACAAACUGAAGAAGAAGAUGCGCCGCCAAGAGCAGCCCAGAAAGGGUCUAGCAGUGAGGAAAAUGGGAUCAUCAGGGGUCAAUCGCUCGCUCGAGCUGGAGCUCGGUCAGUUCGUCGACUCUCGUGAGACUUAUGAAGAGUACACCCCGAACUACCAGUCCUUCUUCCAGCCUCAGAUUACGUCGUUCACGCUGGACCUUUCUGAGCUAGUACGUUCGGAGAGCUCAUCUGACUACGACAGUGACUCCGAGAACGAGCUUUUCUCUGACAACGCAGACACCACCAAGAGUUCAGAUUUGAUCGAACCUCCACAAACUUAUCUCGAUGACUUCGACCUUGGUGGCGGUGCCCAGGAGGCAGACCACAUAAAUCACCUUUUUGCAUCGGGGAGAAAGAGCAAAUCCCGCAAACACAAAACUCAAUCGCGUCAUUCAGCAUCAUCAAGCACGACUCCGCAUCAGCCUUCCUACUCUAGAGGCCCACGCUCCAAGCCAAGCACACAUCGAAGUUCAACCAGCAGUUAUGGGAGGCUCAACACACGCAAGUUCAGCAAACCCCCACAGCAAAGAAAGCCACUCCAACAGAGCAAUAGGGCAAACUCACCCAGACCAACAAAACUGUACCAUAGACCUGAGCUGAUGAACAGAGCAAAGCAAAAGCAGAGCGUGUUGAGUGUCGAUGUCGACUCGGAUUCAGAUAAAGAGAACCCUAAGAAGACUUCCAAACCGAUUGCACGUUCGAAGAGUCGUCCUCUCAGAACUAAACACUUCCUUGCCACAACGGCAUUUGAGGUCGAGAGUUUGACUAAAUUCGUCAAACAGCAUACUAGCGGUUUUGCCGUUCCAUCAGCAUAUUUCAAUCCUUCGAAAUCCUCACUAUUUUCAGAUAAUUUAUUUGCAUCCACGGAUUCCAUUUUAGCAUACAAUGAUUUGCAGCGCAUUCAUACCAUCGGAGAUGGUUUCAUAUUCUUCCCACAUAACGACACAGUGUCGUUCACUUUACUUGGCAAACACUAUGUGUUUGGUCUAUUCCAGCAAGAGUCCAGUUCUCAUAACAUCACCCGGCUCUUGACGCAUUUGCGAAAGCUCGUGAGCUCAGUAAAAGCUCAACUAAAUCCCUCCAUUCGAACAGAGGUAAAGGAUGCUACUCGGGCUUUGAUUAAAUGGCUUCUCAUAUUUCGACUUCCAAUUCCAAGAGCCGCUUGGGGAUUGAUCGACGAAUUACUCAACGACUUCACAAAACUUCAGACCAAAGAGAUACGAAAGCACCAGACCUUCUUCUACGCUCAUGUCCUUCUUGUUUACUAUAUCGCGUAUCAAUUAGAGAGAACUAAUGGUGAAGGGGACUAUCGGUCGCUUUUCUCAGAAUUCGAAAAAUAUUGCAUCGACUUCUGGUCUAUCAUAUUCAAAACUUACGACUCCACUGAUAUUUCCUUGACCUUUAAAAGCGAGACGCCAACGGAAUUAUCUGAGUCACUUUGCAUGAUGUAUUUUCUUUUUGGGAACAAGAAAGACAUUUGGUGGCCAACAGUUUCUGAGGCCUUACAAGACUUAGAUCCGCUUAUGGACUCAAGUUUUGAGUCCAUGAACAUCGUUUACGCCUUGGCCUCAAUGUGUCCCUCUAACAAGUUCAAUUGGACUCCGUUCAUCACUAUCCUUAAUAACUUCCAAGGCUCUUCUCAUGCUGAAGAUCAUCAUGACUUCAUCGACAUAUGUGAGCUUAUCCAUAACAAUCUCGAAUGGCCAUUGGAAGAAAAGUUGAUUCUUACUUUGUACCUGUCAUUUGCAAAAAGGAAGUUCACUAACUUCGAGAACGAGACAUCAGUUCCCACCUCUAUUGGCGUGAUUUUGUCAAAACAUGAUAUUCCACAGGAUACGGUGUUUGAAAGGUUUUUGGGCUUCGUGUACACCUACAUCUCUGACCUUUGUGAGAGGAAAGAGGUGAAACGGCUUAUAACGAAGCUUGUAGCUUCGAGUCAGUACCACUACCAAAAGGGCCGCAAGUAUCAGAUUAUGUUCAUCAACAGACUUAACUUGAUCUUGCUCCUAUUUCAAAUCUCAGAUGUCGACCUUCGCAGUCCAUUUUCCAGUCUCAUUGAUCAAAUCAUUGAAUUCAAAGAUAUGUUCAUCUACUCAAGAGCCGUUGAUGCUUUUGAUACUUUUGCUCAAGUAUCAGAAAGGAAGAAAGUUGGCCUUCCGGUCACUGCUUUCCAGGCAAUGUUGAACUCUUUCAGCGCCUCAUAUGAUAGACUUCAGGGUAUGCCGUCACUUCUCACCAGGCUCAUUGACUGUGGCCUUAGGGUGAUCGAUAUAUCCAAAACACCACAGUCUUUGGCAUUCUUGAGAGCCAUCGAGAUCAGUGUCAUCCCCGACAGGUUACGAGGUCGAGUAUUGGAUCAAAUGCUCUCAUUCGCCGAGCUUUUGCGAGUCCACAAGGAGCAGGCUUCGGCUUCAUCAGAUCUGAUUGACUCGCUCAUCAGAACAGUUACUUCAUUCUUGAGUGCUCAAAUGAAUCGCUUACCAGUAGCGGAUUUGAGGCAGGAUGAGAUAUUGGAGAAUGUCAUUGAGAAAUCUAUCCAGAUUUGGAUUCAGUUUGCUCAUGCCAACAGUUCACAAAACUGGAAUUUCAUGAUGCUUCAAAAGUUCUCAUAUCUCGGCAACAAGCUGCUGCGUGACAGGUUUGCGUUAUACUUUUGCUGGGUUUAUUUGAACCAGGGCGAGGUCAGUCAUUCUGCAAUAUUUGAGAUGGAUAAGCUUUUCAUCAAGGCGAUGAUAUCGAGCAGAUUGUCAAAAUACAGCUCCUUGGUUUUCAGAUCUUUGAGCAGAACAAGAGGAUCUUUAACGGCAUGCCGAAAGCUCGCCGCCCAACCUAUGGUACUGGUACACGGACAGAAAUAUCAGAUUCUUUCGAGUUUCAUCAACCGUAUCGCCAAUUCCAAUUCAUUAGUGGUAGCAGAGAAGGCCUUGUUGAUAACAGAGAUGGUCAAAGAGAUAGAGUGUGAGUUCAAUGCUCACUAUGACAAUUUGCAAAUCAUAGAGUUCCUUCGCCGCAUCAUCAGUUUAGUCAGUGGAAAUUGUCUCACUCUUGUUGAAGACAUUGAAGAGUUCUGGAGCGUUUCAGAGAAGCUAGGUUUCCCCAGCAAGAGAUUGCAAUCGACAUGGGCACAGGCAAGUAAUGACGAGCGCAUUCUGUUACUCAAUGUUGAGUUCACCAAUGCACUUAAGUUUGAGAAAGACUAUGCUGAGGCUCUCGGCAAGUGGAUAAGCCCAACUAACUCUCAACUUCUUUUCUCGGUUUUCGAGAUUUAUGUUGAGGCUGCUUCAAAGCAUGAUAUGUACUGGGCUCAUGUCUCUUUUCUCGUCAAAUUCAUUCAUUUCCGACUUCACAAUUGCAUGCUUGACGUCGUGGAUAGGCUGUUCAAGAAGUUACUACAAGUUGUUGCAAACGUUCCAAGCGUCGCCGCAAUCGAGAUAGACAGUAACUACGUCAUGUAUCAAAUUGAGGCCGUCUCCAUUUGCGCCGAAAUCAUGUUCGCCGGAGUGUACAUCUAUGACGGUUAUGACGAACUUAAUGAACAUCUCGAUAGUAUCCGAAAAUUCGAGGAACGCUUGCAUGAACACGAGACCUUCAGCAAACUAUUCACUGACAUCAGCCUCAACCAGUUGAAGACUGGAGACACAGGUCCGUACUUACCACCGUACGAACACACACAAGCAGAUUACGAAAGCGCAUUAGAACCUUUGAAUAAUACUUUGAAAAAGCUCGAAGAGGUCUACGAAAGAAAGACGCCAGGUCUGGAGGUGACGGUCGUACCGGAGCCAUUUGACAUCACAUUUUAG